AUGUAUGAUUGCACAAAAUGUAAUUUCGACUCACAACACAAUACCCUUCUCAAACGAGAUUCAACAUGUUUCAGCUUGAAAUCAAUGCCUAUGGAGGUGGCGCAAGAAGAAGAAAUUAUCGCGAAAGCUCAAGGUUAUGCGGAUAUUUUAUUUAUCAGUAAAAUAGUAAAAGUUAAUUGUUCGAAGAGUGAUAAAAGCUUUGUAGACUAUGCUAAUGCCCUCGAAUUGGAAAUGAAGUCAAAGAAAAAGUUUUUCAAUAAAUUUUUAUGGUGUACACGAUCAGCGUUAGCUAUAAGAAUUAGCAACGAUCAAUAG